AUGAGAUCUCAGCGACCUGUGCGGCUGGUGGUGGAGGCGGAUAUGGUGGCAGUGGAGGAGGUGGAUUUGGCGGAGGACAUGGAGGUGGUGGAUUUGGUGGGAGGAAACGUAGGUGGCUUUGGCGGAGGUCACGGAGGCAGUGGUUUCAGUGGAGGAAGCAGAGGCAGUGGUUUCAGCGGAGGCCAUGGAGGUAGUGGUUUUGGAGGUAGCAGCUCCGGAGGCUACGGCGGAAGCAGCGGAGGCGGAAGUGUAGUUGCAGGAGUCUUGGUUGGCAGCGGGUCCCUUCCGAGCGGCGGCGGAGGCGGAUACGGAGGCGCAAGCGGAGGCGGUUACGGAGGUGGAAGUGGAGGCGGUUUCGGAGGCAGCUUUGGAGGCGGACAUGGAGGCAGCUUCGGCGGUGGAAAUGGAGGCGGUUUCGGAGGUGGCUUUGGGGGCGUCGGAGGUGGUCACGGAGGCAGCUUCGGAGGUGGAAAUGGAGGCGGGUUUGGUGGCGGAAGCGGAGGCAGCGGCUACGGAAAAUAA